AUGGGUCAGUUUUAUCUCCGAGUCUGUCCCUGCCAGAAGCCGUCAGAAGUCUCCGUUACUCUGGGCUCCAGUGUGCUACCCCCAGAUUUGGCAGAGGGAUCUCUCCCUCCUAGUUCACAGUUCUGCUUCCCACCCUCAGUGAUGGAAUUAGAGUUCCAGGUCCACGCCGUGAAUGAGAUUUUGAGUGUUAAGAGGGAAUAUGUAGUUUAUGAUCUGAAGACCCAAGUCCCACCCCAGCAGCUGGUGCCCUGCUUCCAAGUGGCACUGAGCCUGAAGAACAUGGCACUCAAGUCCAUCAUUGCUCUCUUGGUGCCUGCGGAGGUGCUGCUGUUGGCUGACGUGUGUGGGGGGCUGCUGCCCCUCCGGGUCAUCGAGCGCAUUGCCUACAAGGUGACCUUGCUGCUGAGCUACCUGGUCUUCCACUCCUCCCUGGUGCAGGCCCUGCCAAGCUCCUCCUUCUGCAACACCCUGCUCAUUUACUUCUUCACCAUCCUGUUGCUGCUGCUCUUCCUCAGCACCAUGGAGACUGUGCUGCUGGCUGGGCUGCUGACCCGGGGCAGCCUUGGAAGGAGGAUAGUAAUGGAACUGGAGCAGUUAAACCACAUUCUCCAGGGUACUGGUACUACUGCCAAGAGCGGAAAACUUUCAUCUUCCAAAGCCUCAAUCAGCCAGUUUCUCAUCCGCAGCCCAUAA